UUUGGUGACGUUAAUCUCGUGCGUAAAAGUUUGGACGCCUCAUGCGUAAUUGUGGAUUAAGAUGAACUCUUUGACUACGUAUCACAGGUUACACAGUGUAAGUCGAGCCGUGUUGUGUUUGGCUGCGCAGCAGCUGCGUAACCGUCCUCACACAGCCUCUCUCUGCUUUCCUUUAGGACUCUUCCCGGCGCAAAGGAUUUGGGUGGGAGUUGGAUCUGCGACGCUUCGCCUUUUUCCUACCCCCAGUGUGGAGUUGAAGCCGUCUCUGCGCCUCGCAUACACUCUGCAUAUCACAAAGAUUUGGUCUCUCCUCUCUCUUCUGUGGAGCUGCUGUAGGACUGGCUAUGGCCACCACUACUUCCGGGAUCCGUCAUUUCACUCGCCCACCGCUCAGCGCUGCGAACUGACUCUGUUUCUAUAAGCAAGCUAGCAGCCAACCUGCCAACACUCGCUGACACUCACUCAUCUCACUCUCGCCAGAUAGACGAAAUACCUACGGGGGAAAGAGAGGAAAGAUCCGACUCGCAAUCUCUUAAUUUCUUCGGCUUUUUUUCUCCUUUUUUCCCUCUCCACGGCGAUAAUAAAACAAGAUAGCGAUCUGGACGCAUUAAAGGAGACGCGGACUUGCAGGAUGAAAACGGACUAAAAAAGAUUCGUCCUUCUCUUGAACAUCAUCACCGACCGUCAUUCAUUCAUUACCUUGACAUCCUCUGGCUUUGAUUGACAGCUGGAGUGGCAAAAAGCCAUGAGACACGACAGUUUAGUUACAUGCAGGUUGUUGAUGGGCCGAUUGUAACCUUCACUUUGGCGCAUUUUUUCCUUUUUUUCAGAGGAAAGCAAGAAAAAUUGCAAAAGUCCCCGAUGCAACGCUUCCAGCUGAGCCACACUGGCGAAUAGGAGAAUUCGCAAAGUUGGUUGAAAAAGGAAUCUUGUCACUAAAUCACUUUGUAACCGGGACUGGGAUAUUAAAUAUACGACAGAUUCAGGAGUUUAGUGGAGCGCAGCCUGAUGGCGCAAAGGUACGAUGAACUGGCCCAUUACGGUGGGAUGGACGGAGUCCCGACGUCCAUGUACGGAGACCCUCACGCGCCCCGACCGCUUCCGCAGGUCCACCACCUGAACCACGGACCGCCGCUCCACGCGAGUCAGCACUACGGAGCCCACGCUCCCCAUCCGAACGUUAUGCCCACCAGCAUGGGCUCCGCUGUCAACGACGUUUUAAAGCGGGAUAAAGAUCAAAUAUACGGUCACCCUUUAUUCCCACUGCUCGCACUGGUUUUUGAGAAGUGCGAGUUGGCGACGUGUACUCCGAGGGAGCCCGGCGUAGCGGGCGGCGAUGUCUGCUCCUCAGACUCCUUCAAUGAGGACAUUGCAGUUUUUGCCAAACAGGUCCGAGCAGAAAAACCUUUAUUUUCAUCAAAUCCAGAGUUGGACAAUUUGAUGAUACAAGCCAUACAAGUAUUACGGUUUCACCUCUUGGAAUUAGAAAAGGUGCAUGAGCUCUGUGAUAAUUUUUGCCAUCGGUACAUCAGUUGUUUGAAAGGAAAAAUGCCAAUAGAUCUAGUUAUUGACGAACGGGACGGCAGCUCUAAAUCAGAUCAUGAAGAACUCUCGGGAUCAUCGACCAACCUCGCAGAUCACAACCCAGCUUCCUGGAGAGACCACGACGAUGCCACCUCCACACAUUCAGCCGGCACGCCAGGGCCCUCCAGCGGGGGUCACGCUUCGCAAAGUGGUGACAACAGUAGUGAACAAGGGUUUGGUUUCCGUCCAGGAGAUGGCUUAGACAACAGCGUCGCAUCGCCCGGCACAGGGGACGACGACGAUCCCGACAAGGAUAAGAAGAGGCAGAAAAAGCGCGGCAUUUUCCCCAAAGUGGCCACAAACAUCAUGAGGGCGUGGCUCUUCCAGCAUCUCACACAUCCUUACCCUUCUGAAGAGCAGAAGAAGCAACUAGCCCAAGACACAGGCCUCACCAUCUUACAAGUAAACAACUGGUUCAUUAACGCCAGGAGAAGAAUAGUACAGCCCAUGAUUGACCAGUCAAAUCGAGCAGGUUUUCUUCUUGAUCCUUCAGUGAGCCAAGGAGCAGCGUACAGUCCAGAGGGCCAGCCGAUGGGCAGCUUCGUACUGGACGGUCAGCAGCACAUGGGGAUCCGACCAGCUGGGCCUAUGAGUGGAAUGGGGAUGAAUAUGGGCAUGGAUGGGCAAUGGCACUACAUGUAACCUCCAUCUUGUAAAGCAAAAAAGAAAAGAAAAAGGGAAGUCUGCCAGGCAUGCCAGGGGAGUACGUACCUCAGAGCGGUCCUGUGGGCAUGAGCAUGGCCCCGCCCACUUACCCCCCUCCUCAUCAGAUGACCUGUCACCCCUCUCAGCUCCGACACGGACACCCUCUGCACCCGUACCUGCCCGAUCAUCACCACGCCCACCACCCUCACCCUGCCAUGCUGAUGCACGGAGGACCUCCGUCACACACGGGAAUGACCAUGUCUGCACAGAGACCCCCUUUGCUCAUGACCUUUGACCCCAGUAUUGGAGGACAAGGCCUGGACGUCCACGCCCAAAUAGCAUAAGGGAACUUUUUCUACCACAGAAACAGCAACUACUAUGAGGAAGAAAAAAAAAAACAUUUUAAAAAGAUGAAAAAGAAAAGAAAGCAGCAGCAGCCCACAAUAAAUCCUAUUUUGAGACUAUUUUUAAGAAUAAAAAGCAAACUCUUUUGACCAGAAUUUGACACUAAAAGAAACAGAAUUCCAGAUGAGCUGAUAAAUUUUUUUUAACUUGUCAAUUUUGUUACUUUCAUCCAAACAGAGGACCAAGCUGACAAGAACACUUUGUAAAAGUCUUGGGGGCUUUUGGUAAAAAAAAAAAAAAAAAAAAGAUCAGCACACAGGAUGCUUUGACACGCACACGUGUGCAACGCAAGGACAAGAAGCACACACACACAUACAUAUAUACACACACGUGCACCAUCAUGGACAUGUUCUAUACACUUUCAUGUGAUGAGCUCAAACACUUCAAAAUAAAAUCACUCUGGAAGAUUUAAAAAAAAAAAAGAAACAACAGAAAGACUCCAAGAGUUAUAACUACUGUAGUAUAAAAAGUAUAGAUAAAUAAGUUAAAACUUGUGCGUUCUUUUUUGUUUUGUUUUUUUGGGGGGGUGGGGGGGGGGUCACAUUGUUUGUUUCCUGAGCUAGGUUUAGAAUUAAAGGUUAACCUUUCUUCUCUCUCUCACACUGUGUGUGCUCCUUCCUGGAGGAGAAACUGUCUCGCAGCACAGCACUAUAAAAGAAAAGGAGAAAAAAUAAAGAAGAAGAAGAUGGAACAUCUCAAAAAGGCUCCACACCACAGAGGGCAAUCUGGUCCUGUCCCCUGUAAGAACGGGGCAUGAUGGGGGGGAAGGCUGUUAAAUGACACCGGAUCUCUCCAGAAGAUUCAGUAUGAACAUUUGUCAUGCCCCACUUUUUUUUCAUGAAUGAAUGUUGCCCUGUAGGUUUUAACAGGAAAAAAAUUUGUUUGAAUCGCCCAAGCACUGGAUCGUGUUGGUUUUAUACAUUUUUAUUUUAAUAUUAUUUUUUUUUUAUUUUUGUUCCCUGGACUCUCGUCAGUUAGAGCAGACUGAAGGAAGCUUCAAAAUGGAAAAGCAACAUCCUGCAGCGCUUCUUUUUUUUUUUUUUUUAAACCUACGGAUCAACAUUGUUGCCAUAUGGACAAUAUAUAUACUGAUAAAAGUUGAUUCUGUGGCACUGGAGAAGCAUUUGAUGGUUGAUGCACCAAAAAACCUAAAAUAAUAAUAAAAAAAGGUUAAAAAAAAACUUAAAUUAUGAACUCAAAGCUUUUUGGGGGGUGGGGGAUAAAAGCUGAGAGAAUAUUGUAACAAACUUCGUACAGAGUUCAGUCUAUUAAUUGUUUCAUGUUCGAUAUUCUAUGUGUUUACCUCAAUUGAAAAAGAAUGUUUUUGCUAGUUUCAGAUCUGCUGUGGCAUUGAUAUUGUAUGUCCAUGAAUUCCUUCCUUUUUCAGCACGUGUUCCUCACUAGAUGAUAAGAUGCCGUCUCCCUUAAGCUUUGUCAAAAAUACAUUAAAUACUUGUAUGAGGACUGUGACGUAAUGUUUAAAAGGUGUUCAGUCACAAAUGCUGUAAUAAAUAUUUCAUUUUUGA